CUCGAACGCGCCGCACCGUCUUUUGUUUCGCCAGUCGCUGCGCAGUCGUCCCCCGGACAACUGAACGGCGCUGAGCGGAUUGGCUGCGCUCCUGCUAACGACGCGCUAUGUGCUGCAGACAGCCAUGCGGGCCCAGGGUGUCGCAGUGAGGCUGCAGCUGCUGCUGCUGGCGCUCCUGACGCAGUUGGCGGUGCGCAUCCUGUCCGACAACAGCUGCGCCGGUGGUGGAGACGUCCGCUGUGUAGUCGACCAUGCGGCGGACGAAGGCAAUGGCGUCGCUUCCAGUUCAGAUUUGGCCCACAACGAAUCCAGCCAUGACGUGGCAGACCUGGUGCGUCACUGGGGCUACGACCUGGACAACGGCCCGACCCUGUGGCCGUCGUCGUCCCCGGAGUGCGGCGGCCGCCGGCAGAGCCCCGUGGCGCUGGACACCACGUCCGCUAUGGCCAGCCACCAGCCGCGCCUGCACUGGUUCGGCUGGCACAACCUGCCCGUCUCGCAGCACGUCGCCAACAACGGACACACCGUGUCGGUGAAGUCGACGUACCUGAGCGAGAAGGAGGUGCCGGUGGUGUGGCUGUCGGACUCGGAGCGCCGCUACAGGCUGGACAGCGCGCAUUUCCACUGGGGCGGCAGCGAGCACACGCUCAACGGCGAGAGGUUCGCUAUGGAGAUGCACGUGGUGACGUUUGACAGGCGCUUCCCGUCGCUGGAGAAAGCCAGGAGCCAGAAGAACGGCGUGCUCGUGCUUGCCUACUUCUUCCGGGCGUCGGCGACGGGCAGCGCGGCGCUGCAGCAGCUGGUGUCCCGCCACCUGGCCGCCGUGGUGCGGCCGCAGACGUCGCGGCUGGUGGCGCGGCCGCUGCGCCUGUCGCGGCUCGCCCACCCCUUCGAGAAGUCCUUCCUGCUCUACCAGGGCUCGCUCACCACGCCGCCCUGCAGCCAGGUCGUGCGCUGGGUCCUCUCCAAGGACGUGCACUCCGUCUCCCGACAGCAGCUUUUGCUACUGUCACGCCUACAGAACGACAAGGGCAAACCGCUAGUGCGCAACUGGAGGCCCCUGCAGCCACUCAAUGGCCGGACUGUCACCAAUGUCUUCUGA